AUGAGCACCAGUGUUUACAAACCGCUCGGACUUUUUCUAUCGAAAACGCCGGACAAAAUGUUAUUCUGCAUGCCAGAAGUGCGAAAAGUGAAGAGAGUUCUUUUCGAUCGACCGGAUCAUGUUGCCACACAAAAAUUCAUCGACGAGGAAUUGGAAAAAAUCACAGUGACGGAGUCGGAACGGUGGAAUUUCAACUUCAAGACGGAGAAAACUCUGAAUCCGGACGGGCCUUACAACUGGAGGCCUGUCACCCCCCAAAAAGCUAUCAGACCGAUCAAGAGACGUCCCGCUGAAGAAGAAUUCGACUGCCAGGAAUUGUAUGGCUUCCCCAGGGAGAUCAUCAGACCUAUUCCCUUGAAAGCUGUCCAAGAAGCUGAAAUGGAAUCGACGUCUAGGCUCGAAGAACUGAAAUCGCAGCCACAGCGUCUUAUUACUGAUUUCAUGCCGGUAAAGAAGCGAACUUCUUCGGAGUACACGAAGAAAAAUGGCGACUGGGCCUCGCAACUGGAGAGACCUUCGAAAUUACCGAGGCUGUCAGAAUUGACAAGUUAA